CACAUGUAUGGCCAAGAUGGCUGUAGACAGAAAAGUCUGAUAUUUGUCACCUGUAAAGCUAAUUUAACAAACAUUAUCUAACUUACUGUUUUAUAUUUUUAAGUAUCAGACAGCGUAAAAAAAAACUCAGUUUUCUUGCUCCAACGACAAACACAACCACAGCGGCAGAAUGAGCAAUAUUUACAUCCAAGAGCCGCCAACAAAUGGAAAGGUCCUGUUGAAGACCUCAGCAGGUGACAUUGACAUUGAGCUGUGGUCCAAGGAGGCUCCUAAAGCAUGCAGGAACUUUGUGCAACUGUGCAUGGAAGGUUACUAUGAUGGCACAAUAUUUCACCGAGUGGUGCCUGAGUUUAUUGUUCAGGGUGGAGAUCCCACUGGAACAGGAACAGGUGGAGAGUCCAUCUAUGGUCGGCCAUUUAAGGAUGAGUUUCACUCUAGAUUGCGCUUCAAUCGAAGGGGUUUGGUUGCCAUGGCAAAUGCUGGGCCACAUGAUAACGGCAGUCAGUUUUUCUUCACCUUGGGACGCGCAGAUGAACUCAACAAUAAACACACCAUAUUCGCCAAGGUCACAGGAGACACAGUUUACAAUAUGCUCAGAUUAGCAGAAGUUGAAUGUGACAACGAGGAAAGACCUUUGAAUGCCCACAAGAUAAAAACUGCUGAGGUGCUUCAUUCUCCUUUUGAUGACAUUAUUCCUCGGGAACUAAAGAAAGCCAAAAAGGACAAAGAUAAAGAGGAUGGAAAGAAAUCACAGUCAAAAGCCACAAAGAACUUCAGUCUGUUGUCAUUUGGAGAGGAAGCUGAAGAGGAAGAGGAGAUGGUGAAUCAAGUCAGCCAGACACUAAAGGGAAAAAGCAAAAGCAGCCACGACCUCCUGAAAGAUGAUCCCAGACUGAGCUCCGUUCCAGCAGUUCAUAAGAAAAAGAAGAAGGGGGCAUCAGGAGAUCCAACUGAGACAGACGACGAGGUCGACGGAGACGCUGACGGCGAUACGGACGCGGGUGAAGACUAUGACUCGGAUGAGAGAGAGAAGAUGAGAGAGCUCAUCGGCAAAAAGCUACAGAAAGAAAAAGGCGGCGAGAAAGCGGCGGAACUCAGCGAGGAGGAACGAGGGAAGAAGCCCAACCGCAGUGAUGAAUUACGGAAAGAGGCGCGGCAGUUGAAGAAAGACCUACUGGCCAUAAAGCAAAGGAAAGAAGAAAGCUUAAAACCUGCUGUAGAUGAAGUCAAGGAGGAGGAAAAAAAGCCAUCCAAUGAGGCCGUGGCCGAGUAUCUUGAGGGACGAAAGAAGUACGAAGAGCUCAGGAAAAAAAAACUGAAGAAAGGCAAAACCAGAGAAGAACAGACACUGGCCCUCCUCAAUCGUUUCAAAUCCAAACUGUCUUCGGCCAUCACUGAAGGUCCAGAGGAGGACGUGGAGGAGCUGGCAGAGGAUGACGACAAAGGAUGGAUGGGCCAUGUUCUGCAGUUUGAUGAGCAAACCAGAAAAGUCAAGGAUGCCAACAUGCACGACGAGGACACCUUCGAGAUCUACGAUCCACGCAACCCCGUCAAUAAACGGAGGAGAGAGGAGAGCAAGAAGAUCAUGAAGGAGAAGAAGGCCAAGAGGUGAGGUCAUGAGGUCGAAGGUCAGGUCCUGCCCAAGCCAUGUGACUGAAAAACUGGUCAUACAGCAUCCUGUCUGUCCACUUUUCCAACCAACGUCAAACCAACCUAAGCGGUCUCCUGGCUCGAACAUCUGGAUUGGGGAUGCUGACCUGAGCGCAUACGGUCCCUGUAAUCUGUGAUGGAAAGGCUUCUUCACUGCACAGCUGCACCUGGACUAUGCUCAGUUACUCAUUAGGAUUAAGACUGUGGUCGUAGUAACGGUUGAGGUCAUGAUUUGAUUAUGUGUAACUUUUCUAUACCUAUUCUUUUUUUCCGUUUCUGUUGUCCUGAGCUUAAAUGUGAGAAUCUGCCAGAAAAAUAAAAGUACAUUUGUAAAGAGUA